AUGCAGAUGGGAGGGGAGAGGGCCGCUUACUACUUCAAUGCAGCGUGCACGCUCACCCGCAUCUCCAACCCGCUGCGGGCGUGGGCGAGAGCCAAGCUCGAGCUCAGGAACGAGAGCGACUACCGGGUGUCCUACUGGGUGGUGAACGAGGACAAGCUUACCACCGCCGCCGUGAAGCGGCGCGUGUUUCGCAACAUCGAGGAUCAGCUCAACGACGGCGGCUCGUACAGGACCAACGCCAAGCACCACAACGCUAAGCACGGCUGGGACGUCAUCAACGCCGAGCACGCGCUGGACGACGAGUACUUUUUACGACGAGAUUACAGACCGGACGCCGCAACCGCCAAGAAGCUGCGGUUCCCCAAGGGCUCCCGGCAGCUGCGGGUCUACGCCUACGCCUGGUUCGAGAAGCAGAAGGAGUGGAGGGUGUUCAGGGACAAGGUCUUCGACAACGGCAGAGGGAAGAGGUUCAGGAUUUCAACCACCAACCAGUGCGUUGAGCCCUUUGAAAUGUGA